AUGAAGAGGCGAUCGCUCGUCUAUGUUGUCAACUUCUUGCUGUCUGUCCUCUUCUGUUUGUCUUUGGACUUGGUAUCCUUCCUGAUCUCAGACAGCGGGGGUGAGAAGCUCAGCUUCAAGGCUUGGAACAAUGAGUACAUUCAAUGGAAACCAGAUGAUUUCUGUGGAAUUAAAUAUAUAACAAUUCCUACUUCAUAUCUGUGGAUGCCAGAUAUAACUAUUGAAGAGAUGACAGAAAAAGAUAAAGCCUCUCCAAGUCCAUAUCUCACCAUAUAUCACGAUGGUGUGGUUGAGUUCAGGAAUGACCAGGUGGUGCUAAGCGCCUGCAAGAUGCAUGUUUACAAAUUUCCUUUCGACACCCAGAGCUGCAACCUCUCCUUCAGGUCUAUCUUUCACGAUGAUUGGAUGUUGCAAGUAAGCAAUAAAAGUCGGAUCUUUGACGUGAUGCACACGCAGUAUGAGUGGCUGUUCAUCGACAUGUCAGUCAACAACGAAAUUGUUGAAGGUUAUGGAUUCAAUCAAACUGUGGUCAUUUACACUAUUACCAUGAAGAGGAGGUCUGUCCUCUACGUUGCCAAUUUCAUCCUGCCAGUGCUCUUCUUCUUGCUUCUGGACUUAUCCUCCUUCCUGAUCUCAGACACUGGGGGUGAGAAACUCGGCUUCAAGGUCACUGUCUUGCUUGCUGUCACAGUGAUGCAGCUUCUUCUCAAUGAGAUUCUGCCGAGCUCUUCAGACAGUAUUCCACUUAUAGCUGUCUACUGCAUUGGAAUUUUUGCUCUGAUGCUGCUCAGCCUCCUGGAGGCAAUUUUGGUCAAGCAUCUGAUUGAAAAGGAUUCUGCAGUUGAAGAUGAGACAGAUGGAGACCAAAGCCUGGGGGAGAACUCUGGGAACAACCAGGGCGGCCACAACUUCUACAGCUGUUUUAGAGAGAUUAAGAGACGCAGUCACCAUGCCUCUGUUGAUGAGGUAUCUUCUCAUGAAACACCAUCUGUGUCUCUGUCCCGAAAGGGCAGCAGCAGUAAACUGACAGAGGUGUCCUUUGCUCUGGAAAAAGUGUCAGAUGAGCUGCAGGAGACAAGGAAAACAAUGACUUUGGUCAGCAGCAACAGGAAGUCUGGCUACUGGACCAGAAUGGCUAAAAAAGUCAACAAGUGCUGA